GUCUCUGGGCGCUGGAGCGCGGCGACGGUCACGCUGCGUGGCGGACGGACGGACUGACGGACGCGCAGCCUUACCCGCUAGGGCCAUGGCGGAGCACGCUCCUCGCCGCUGCAGCCUGGGCUGGGACUUCAGCACGCAGCAGGUAAAGGUUGUUGCUGUUGAUGCAGAGUUGAAUGUCUUCUAUGAGGAAAGUGUGCAUUUUGACAGAGAUCUUCCAGAAUUUGGGACUCAGAGUGGUGUUCAUGUGCACAAGGAUGGGCUGACGGUCACUUCUCCAGUACUGAUGUGGGUCCAGGCACUGGAUAUCAUCUUGGAGAAGAUGAAGGCUUCGGGCUUCGACUUCUCUCAAGUCCUAGCCUUGUCCGGGGCAGGCCAGCAACACGGAAGUAUAUACUGGAAGGUUGGAGCCCAGCAGGCACUGACAAGCCUAUCACCAGACCUCCUGCUUCACCAGCAGCUGCAGGACUGUUUCUCCAUCAGCGACUGCCCAGUGUGGAUGGACUCCAGCACCACAGCCCAGUGCCGCCAGCUGGAGGCUGCCGUUGGCGGGGCUCAGGCUCUCAGCUGCCUCACGGGGUCCCGCGCCUAUGAGCGUUUUACAGGAAACCAAAUUGCAAAAAUUUACCAGCAGAACCCUGAGGCCUACUCACAUACGGAGAGAAUUUCUUUGGUCAGUAGCUUUGCUGCUUCCCUGUUUCUUGGCUCUUACUCCCCUAUUGACUACAGCGAUGGUUCUGGAAUGAAUUUGUUGCAGAUACAGGAUAAAGUCUGGUCCCAGGUUUGCCUUGGUGCCUGUGCACCUCAUUUAGAGGAGAAGCUUGGCCCACCAGUACCAUCAUGCUCAGUUGUGGGAGCCAUUUCUUCCUACUACGUCAAGCGCUAUGGAUUUCCUCCAGGAUGCAAAGUGGUGGCCUUCACUGGGGACAACCCGGCAUCGCUGGCAGGCAUGAGACUGGAGGAAGGUGACAUUGCGGUCAGCCUGGGCACCAGUGACACCCUGUUUCUCUGGCUCCAAGAGCCCAUGCCUGCCCUGGAAGGCCACAUCUUCUGCAACCCGGUUGACUCCCAGCACUACAUGGCACUCCUGUGCUUUAAAAAUGGCUCCCUCAUGAGAGAGAAGAUCCGCGACGAGUCUGCGUCCCGUUCCUGGAGCGAUUUCUCUAAGGCACUGCAGUCCACAGAGAUGGGCAACGGCGGAAACCUGGGUUUUUAUUUUGAUGUAAUGGAGAUCACCCCUGAAAUUAUUGGACGUCAUAGGUUUAACACAGAAAACCGCAAGGUCGCAGCAUUCCCUGGGGAUGUGGAGGUUCGAGCACUGAUUGAAGGACAAUUCAUGGCCAAGAGGAUUCACGCAGAAGGCCUGGGCUAUCGAGUCAUGUCCAAGACAAAGAUUUUGGCCACAGGAGGAGCAUCUCACAAUAGAGACAUCUUACAAGUGCUUGCAGAUGUGUUUGGUGCCCCGGUGUAUGUUAUGGACACUGCCAACUCAGCCUGUGUGGGUUCUGCAUACCGAGCUUUUCAUGGUCUUGCAGGUGGAACAGAUGUGCCCUUUUCAGAGGUUGUGAAGUUAUCUCCAAAUCCCAGACUAGCUGCUACCCCAAGCCUGGGAGCUUCUCAGGUCUACGAGGCCCUUCUCCCCCAGUACGCCAAACUCGAGCAGAGAAUCUUGUCUCAGACCCAGGGGUCUCCGGAGUGAACAGGCAUCCCUGUUGCCCCUGCCUACCCAGAUUUACUGACCCCACUUGGAGACAUGGCCCCAGAUCCACUUCUCCGUUCUGAAGAGCUCUUCCUGCCCCUACUGAGUCCUUGGAGUGUCCAGGACCAUCUUAAAGCCCCCCUCAGCACAUCUGCCUGAAGAUAGGCCUCGUGUCCUUGUGCCCGUGUGCCCCAGGGCAGGAAAGCAUCCCUCUUUUCCUGUCUUUUAUCCCAGGAGGCAGGACAACACUGAGACUGGGAUACGUCCAAUAAAAACUAUGACUUCCCCUUGCAGAGGCAGAAUUACAGCUAAUCUAGGGACUCAAAUCAGCAGAAUGGGGGAAACAAAGCCCUGUCUCACCCCCUAACCUCAUCCUAUCUCUUUCUCCAACCCUGACUGUCUGCCCACUCCUCCCCAAACCAUGACCCACAGCUGCCCCCACCCCAUACCUUGAUCUACCAUCCAUCCUCUCCCCCAAUCCAAACCCCACAAUCUCUUCUCUCCCACACCCUGCCCUCCUUGUUUCAGCUGUCUGAGGUGCCUCCCAGGGCCUCUCUUACUUGCUCCAUGCUCACCCUCUCCAUGCUGUCCCCAUUCUCUCCUUUCACCAUCUCUUCUCUCCCCCUCCUUCAUCUCUCCUCUCUCCCCAGACUCACUUGGCAUAAUUCACAACCUCCCACCCAAACAAUGGGCCUGGUGGACCUGCUUCCUGUGCCCUCCUUUUAGCUAUGCCCACAGAUCACUGAGAGGGACCAUCUCCCAAGUGGCGCAGUUUAGAACUUCUCUCCCUUUUUCUCCCUCAUUCCCUAUCUCUUCUUGCAGUCUACUUGUUGAAGUUGUGUCAUUUCUCUGGAAGAAUUUCCAAAAUUCUGGAUUUCUUUUUUAUUUUGGAGUAUUUCAUCAGCUGAAAAGUUGUGAUUCUCACUUUGAGUUUUCUUCCUAUAUUUGUAUAGUGAGUUCCUUUUUCCUUCCUCUUUAUCCCUCCUGUUUUUCUUUAUUCCUUGCUCAAAUUAUUGCAAAAGCCUCUGUAGAAAGUCCUCUGUGAUCUGACUCCUGCAGACUCUUCCAGAUUUUUCUUCUGCCCCAGGCCUUUACUGAGCUCAGGACUCCAGCUAAAUCAAAAUAUUCAUGUUCUCACCCAGAGUGACAAAAUCCUGCAGAUAGGUUUGAGACCUGGUGGAUCAGAGCAGUAGCUAGUGGGAAGUUAAAAGGAAGGGGCUUAGAAAAUGAAUGGGACCAAAGGCAUCACUUCUGAUGGAGAUGAAGCCAUCUUGAAAGGGAGUGGUGUCCUUUGGAGGCAUGGUGGAUGAAAGGGAGCAAAGGAAGCAAGAGGUUAAAGAUAACGGCCCAUUAGAUACAACAGCAAGCCCAAGAUUCCAAAGAAGACAGACAACUCCCCCUAGUACCACCUAGACGUUACUUUUUAAAGACAUUUUACAUUAUUGACCAGCAGAAAAAGGCUGUCUUCGACCAUGAAACAGUAAACUGUAACAAAACACUUCAACAUGAAUUUGAAAAUAAAUAAUUAUGGAUAUAAAA